UGUUGUAUACGAAUUAUAAACGAAGUAAACGUUUAAUUUCUUUUGCUUAAAGCGAAAGAAAACAAAUCAUGGUAAAUGUCACAAAAGGAAUUUUAGUCGAAUGUGAUGCAGCAAUGAAGCAAUUCCUUUUACAUCUAGACGAGACUUUUGCUUUGGGAAGAAAAUUUAUUAUUCAAGAUCUGGAUGAAAGGCAUUUGUUUAUCUCCGCUGAUAUCUUAGACACCUUACAAACAAAAGUAGAUGACCUUAUGGAUCAAAUAUCAUUUCCUUUAGCAGAAAAAGGAAUAUAAAUAACAAUCAAAAUAUAUUUUCCUUAUAAUAUAGUAGGAAACAGUGUGAUUUAUCAUAAAAUAAUCAAACAUGGCUGCUC